CUUUCUCUUAAACCUUGCACUGCAGCCAACUCCAGUCCACUCUGUUUAGUGCGACCUCUUGCUACACACACCUAUACCAUUUCCAACAUGGAGUUCGCCGACUACCCGGGCCUCAAUGCAGACCUGGCUGCAGACUUCCAUGCGAGGCACUUCACCAGGAGGGAUACACACAUGUUUUCGGACCACCUGGGACAGAUGCCACAUUUUAACCCUGCCGCCCUGGCUGGCCUGGCCGUCGACGUCAAGCCGCGUUUGACAAAAGAGCAGCAUGAUGUGCUCGAGUCCGAGUUUAGGAAGCAAGCAAAGCCCAACACGAACACUAAGAAGCGCUUUGCAGAGAUCCUCGGCGUAUCAUUAGACAAGGUCAACAAUUGGUUCCAGAACCGCAGAGCAAAGUCCAAGCAAGACGCCAAAAAGGCUGCCGGUGCCUACAACAUGCUCCAAGCGACACAGCAACAGGGUCAGCAACAACAGCAGAGCUUCGUCGGCAUCAACCCAAUGGGUGGCAUCAACACCAUGCCCGGCGACCAGCCCUUCUGCAUGCCGAAUCUGUACAACGGCAUCCGCGACAACUCCAUCAUGGACGGCCCUAUGUCCAGCGGCUUGGGCAUCAGCCAAGCUGAAAGCAACUUCGCCUCGCUCGACCAAAUCACAUCACAGCCCAUGCGCCACCAGGCUUCAACACAAUCUUUGGCCUCGCAGCACUCGGUGCAGUCGGAGUCCUUUGCCGACAACAACAGACGUACCAUGACUCAGGCUCAGUUUGACGCCUACGCACAGCCCUCGUUUGCCAACAUGUCGACUGCCGAUGUGAACUCUGCCAUGAACUCGACAGCCAACGCUGACUUCAACUACGCCGAGUUCUGCGACUUCUCCUUCGAUCAAUCCGUGGACCCAUUGACUUCCCCACCCAUGCAAUCUACAGAGAGCAUGGAUUCCUUCGCUCCUGAUGUCAUAUCUGAUUUCAAACCAUCUGACCACCAGUUGCGCAACGCGUCUUCUAGCUCAGAGGGCUCGGCUCCUUCAGUGACCAUUUCGCCAGCAGAGGACAAAGAAGACACAUUUGAUAUGGACUUACAAGCUGCCGCCGACCAGUCUUCCCAACAGACUGUGACGUCUCCUCCAUGGCAGCCUGGACAGUCGGUACCAGUUGAGAUGGACAACCUUCGUAAAGAGUUCCAGGAAGCCGCCAUGCGUCGCGACUUCUCGGUUCAGUCGAUUCCUGAUCCCAAUGAGUAUCUCGAUCAAGCCAUGGACUUCCCCGGUGACGACUACAACCGUCGCGAAUCGUCAACCGUCCAGCUUGCUCGUUCGAUGCAAAGCUUCACCAUGGCGCCACAACGCUCUGCCAUGCCCUCAUCCAGCAUCGCCACCCGUAGACAGCGCCCUCGCCCUGCUCCUUUGGGAACCACAAAUAUUCGUAGCACCUCUUACUGUGGCCCCUUGCCCACUUCUCCUGGCCCCGUUGGCGCCGCCCACUCUGCCGGAGGUCACACCUUGCGCCGUAUUAAGUCAUCGCAAGCCAUGAAUGGAAUUGCUGGUGGUCGCAUCCAGAAAAACCUUGGCUCUGCUCAGCGUUCGCCUUCCGGCUACACUACCUUCGCUGAGGCUAACAAUGCCCGCUACGGUGGUCGUCGUGUAUCGUCUUUCUCGCCUGCAUACGCCAGUCUUGCUGCAUCAAAUGUCAGCCUUGCUCCGCCAACCCCAAUGUCUCCUAGCAAGGCAUCACGCUCGCUACGUCAAAUGCAAUCUCAGCCUAUGCUCAGGCAGACAAGCUUACCCGAGGGUGAAGAAAACUACAUCGUUUCCAGCAUGAACUUCUCGCCGCCCACCACUCCUCUGUACGGUGGACAAUUCAUCCGUAGCAGGAUGGGAAGUCUGGCUGUGCCCACUGAGAACACCCCUCCUCAAUCCGCUCCUCCUACUCAGCAAUGCUUCCCCAGCGGUGCUUUCAGUCCCCCUCACAUGUCAACAAUGCCCAUGGUCCAAUCGCAGGCAAACCCUCAAGGCUUCCUGGGCAUGUUACCUAACGAGUAUCCCCAAAUGCACAAUGUCAUGUACCCCGCCCAGCAACAGCAAACCCAAUACAUGGACACCCAGAUGUCCUACAUCAUGACAAGCACAGGCGAAGUUAUCCAAGGAUACCCAGUCAUGCCUCCCUUUUCUCAGGGACACAUGCAGCAAGUGACGCCACCCAACCAGCAACAGCCUUUUUUGCCAUCCUCAAGUCAUAGUCCAGGUGUUCUUGGCUCUUCGCAGGUUCCGAAGCAGCACGCAAACUCUGGAGCCGACUUUUUCGUUCACGAGUAUUCACCCCCUCGCGAUGUCAAAAACUCUUCUACCCCUCGUAAGGCACUUGAGAGUGGACCGAAGAAUUACACAUUUUCCAAUCACGGACCGGAAUAUUUCGAGAAGAACACCAAGCACAAGGGCGGUUCCAGCCCUGCCUCGGACUCUUGCGACUCGGUCGUGGCAUGAAACUCUUUUCCAACGACAGAUAUAAUCUCUCCACCUGACGACAACACCAUCUUUUAUCUACCAUGUUUUCUUUUCUAUGUUCCAGUUCUUUUUUACGGCUUACAGCACUGGAUAUCCCGAAGCGAGGCGUUUGAUGUCUGCUUUAUUUGCUUGCGCAUUAUGGGAGGAAAAGCUGGGUUUGAGCUUCAAUGUUCCCUGUUCUUUCUGCUCUAUUUUCAUGAUGGUCACUCUUGCACCUCUUACGUUCAGAACUUUCUUUAAUCACCUAAUUUCUAUUGCGACAGACUUCUCUUCAGCACGGCGAUGUAUCAUACGGGAAUACCCAUUACGGAAGGGAUUGCGGGACCGCAGCAGGGCGGACAGGAAAGAGGAAGAGAAUGGGACAUCUAGAUGCCAGCAAUU